AUGAACUUAAUCCCCCUAACUACAAGAAAAAGUUGUUCAACUUCAGAUAAUGAAACAACAUCAUACAGUGAUUAUGUUAGCUACCAGGAGUUUCUUAAUUUUGAUCCUGAAACUUUAAAAGCCUACCUGGAACAGUUUUUUCACCAAAAGAAGCAAAAAACAAAUUUACCUGAAAUUCUAUGUAAGGCAAUGUUGAAUGGAGAAGGUCUAUUACAAUGCAAAGAAGAAGAAAUAGAAAAGUUAACACAAGCCCCAUUAGGAAUCCUCAAAACGCUUACUCUUAAAAUUUCUGAGAUUAAACAACUCAAUGAAUCAGAGACAUUAUCUCAAAAGAAAAAUGAAAGUUUGCGAAAAUUUGGAAGCAAAGUGGAAGACUCUUUUUUCUAUAAAUAUAACUGUAAUGUUGAUAUAUCUAACAAAAUUUAUAAUAAGCUGAAUCCUAUAAGAAAUUUUUAUCUUAUAGGAAACCAAGAAAAAACAGAUUUAGUAGUAGAGGAAGUAGCAUCAAAAACUAUUCAAUUUUCCUCAUGUUGUGCCAAUGAUAGACAAAAUGGUACAAUUUACUUUGGUAUAGAUCCUAAUUCUGGAAAAGUAAUUGGUAUGGCAGCUAGAAAAGAAGAUGUAUCAGAAACUAUUAAAUAUUUUAUUAAAAUUUGCUUUCCUGAAGAUAUAGUGGCUAAACUCCAAUUAGUUAUUCUAGAUCCAGUCUUUAUAUCUGUUAGGGAAUUAGGAAAAACAAGUGAAAAGUUUGUUAUAGAGAUUGACAUUGUCCCAUCAUAUAGAAUUUUAAAUGAUCUUCUUAUCACACCAAAAUUAAAAAAGCUAAAAGCAUGCUCAAAUACUGAAACCAAAUGUAGAAAAGUUGGACAUUUCUACUUUUUUGAUGGUAAACCAAAAUUAUUUAGGGUAGAUAAUUUAGGUAAUUUCCAAGAACAUGUUAGUAAGGCUCAGAAGAUGAGGCAAGGCGAUGAAAGUAUUUUAUCUCCUACCGCUGAAAAUUUGAGAGAUAAAUUGAAGGACCUUGUUACUGGUGGUAGUGAGACAUUGGAAGACUCAAUUUAUCCAUUUUUUAUCCUUAGUCCUUUGGAUCCAUCCAAUAGCACAACAAUUAUUAAAAAUGUUGAGUUUAUUAGUAAUGUACAUGCAGAAGCUGUUUUUGAUUUUGAUCCUAGUGGGUCUACUAAAGGAAUUUUUAGCCAAUUAAGCCAAAAUGAGAUCAUGACUAGUGUAACAUUGGAAAAUUUCAAGCAUGAAAACAAUCAAGAGAGCUCCAAAUUUAUUGAAAGUCUUGCUUCGCAUCCCAGAUUACCAUGGGUUUUUUGCAAUGGACAUGAAGCUACCUUAUUUGUGGAAACACUUCCCACUGAAUGGAAUAAGUCUAUUCGCUCCACAUUUCAACGAUGUUUAAAUCAUUUUAUUGAAGGUCGACCAAAAGAACGUAUCCUUGUAAUAGUGUGUUUAUUUUCUAAAUUGUAUGAUACUAUGAUUGAAGGAUUUGAAGAAAUAUUAACCAACUUUUCCAAACAAUGGGUUCUUAUUGCUGAGUCAGAAAACAUUGUAGAAACAUGGAAAAAAGAAAUGGUACAGCGGAAAAGACUUGAUGAAGGGGAUGUGCAUGAUAGAUGUGUAGUGGGAAUGACAUGGGAACAGAUAAACUCUACAAUAUCACAGUUUAUACCACAUGAAGAAAUAGGAGAAUGCAUGAUACCCCAAGCUGCUGGUGCUCUUACAAAAAUACCUGACAAAGAAUUAAAAUGUUGGGAAGAUAUUGAGCUGGUUUCUGCAGCAGAUCCAGAUUUGGAUGAAGAAACUAGCUACAGCAAAAAUGCUAUGGUUAGCUUUUACAAAGGAGGAGAAGUGGAUUGGUUGAACUUUAGGUUUGAUCAAGUUAUUAAGAGGUCACAUGAUGAUGUGCUUAUGGACAAAGUUAAUAAAGCUUUAACAGAAAGCACAAAGGAUGAUGGAAAGGUUUCAACAGUUGUUAUAUUUCACCAACCUGGAUCUGGUGCCACAACAUCUGCGAAAAAGGUUCUCUGGGAACUUAGGAAAAGCUUCAGGUGUUGUGUAGUAAAACGUAUCUCCAAGCAAACUUGCAGUCAGCUUGCAAAAAUAUGGAAAUAUUCUGAACCAAGCUCAUCCCCUCUGCCUUUGUUGAUUUUGGUUGACAAUAAAAAUAAGGAUGAGGAUAAAGAUAACCAUCGUCAGUUAAAACAAAAUCUAGAAGACAAAUAUAAAGAAAUAUGGAAACAAAGCAAAGAACAGCCCAAAUUAUUUUGCACUAUGAUAGUUUGUAUUCGUAAAAUAAUAUUACCUUCUCAAGUUUUUCCUUUUCAAAUUAAAAUAAGGCAGAAAUUAACUAAAGAAGAACAAGAGCUGUUUAAAAUCAAAUCUGUUGUUGAUAUUAUUAAUGAAUUUGUUAAUGGUAUAAAAGAUGAAAGAGAAUUAACUCUUCUUUUCUACAUUGCCUUUUUAAACAAAUAUGACCCACAGUUUAGAGCUAUUCCUGUCUCUUGUUUUGAUGAUCUUUUUAAGACGUCCUUAAAUACUGCAAGUAAUAGAAGAAGCACAAACUGGGAAGCAAAUUUAAGUCAAGCAGCUGAAGUUCUGCUUAAUAUUUUGCCUUUCUCUAAGAAAAAAGCUGGUGAUGCAAGAAUUUCACUUAGAGUAUAUCAUAAAGAAAUGGCUAUAAAUAUACUUACACAUAAGAACAAGAAAAAUGAAAUAAUUAUAAUGAGAGAACUAAUAAAUUCUAUUGCUUUUAAACAUGAGACAUCAGACUUACACACUCUACAAGACAUCAUUGCGGACAUCAUGCUUAAAAGAUACUUCAAUCAAUCUGAUGGCAGUAAAGAAAUGUUUUCUUCCUUUGUCACAGAAGUUAACAGAGAAAGUAAAGAAAAUUCAGCACAACUUCUUUGUGAACUCUUUGAAAAAAAUAAAGACCCAUUUACUGCUCAGCAAAUAAGCCGUUUUUAUAUUUAUUUACAAAAUUGGCCAAAAGCAGAAAGAUAUGCUGAAAUAGCAGUUGACAAAUAUCCUCAACAUCCAUUCUUAUGGGACACUUAUGGACAAGUUUAUAAAUACCAACUUCAAGAAAAACUUCAAACUGUGGGUGUGAAUGGCAAAUAUCCUUUGAGUGAUGUUGAACAAGUCAUUGAACUUGCCAGGAAUGCCAUAUACUGUUUUAAAAAUGAGCAAAGUAAAUCUGAAAAAUUAUCCUUUCAUAAUGAAAGCAGUGUAUCUGGAUAUUUUAGUGAGCUAAAGACACAAAUAAUGUUACUGCAGUUAUUAGAGAAAAAUGAAGCCUUCAUAGAUCGUAGUCAUCUAUCUAGGUGUUUAAUUCAUAAGCGUUUUGAUGAUCCGUCUUUAAUUUUUCUUAAAGAUCAAGAUAAAGACUUUUUAAUGGGUUUAGAAGAUAGUUACAUACAGACAAUGAGAGUCUUAGAUGAAGAAUAUUUACAAAUAAGACAUGAUAUUCCAUUUGAUUAUGCAGAUUAUACAGUAACUUUUAACAAAAAUUUAGAUCAAUUGAUUUCUCUGAUGACCACUUUCCAUAUGUAUUAUGGAAUUAAAUAUGAUAAAGAAACUAUUAACAAAAUGCCUGAGCCUAAAGCUAGUAUGUAUCGAUGGAGAGUGGCCCUGGCAAAUGGAGCAAUGUCUCUAACUUUCCUAUUACACAAGCGAUCAUAUGGAACUUUAGAAAAUAGUACUUUAAAAAAUAUAUACAGCCUAAUGCUACCUAAUGUUUCUUCAAGUCACUGUACUGAUAAAUACAUUUUAGCUAUCCUUAAUGCAGUAACAAUGAUGAUAGUGAGUAAAAGAAAAGUAAAAACCAUAACAUCCUUUGAAAAAGUGUUAAAUUGGAGCAAAACAUUGUAUGAUUAUGAACAGCCACUUGACAAAACUGCAUACAUUGAACCUUUUAUGUAUUUUGUUAUGUACAACUUCCCUCUGGAGGAAAGAAAAAAAUUUGCUAUUUGUUCUGUUGAAAAGCUCCAGGAUGUCUGUAACAAAUGGCAAGAAGUUUAUAAAUUAAAACAUAAUAAAGCUGAAGCCAAAACACUAUUUUACUUAGCAAAAGGUGGAUUCCCACAAGAUAUGGUUCACUCAGACACCUUCCCUAUGACAGAACAUGAUAACUGGGAUAAUCCAAAAAUGAGAGAACACUUGGCAUUGUUUAGUGGAACAGUUGAUGUUAGUGGAGCCAGAGUAAAUAUAAAAAUUUUUACCAAGGAAGGGAAUAAAUUGCAUUUAACUAUUCCAACAUCAUAUACUGUGAAUAUUGAGUUGAGGCAGAGGGAAACCUGGUUCUUUGUCGGUUUCAGUUUUGCAGGUCCCAAAGCUUAUGGUAUUCCACAAGACCCUCCUAAUGUGAAAUAA